AUGGCGUCCAGUGCAAUGGCUUUGCUGCUGGUAUGCCUGCUUUUUGCUGCGACAGACAUUGCUUCUCUCCACGUGCCAACAAAUGGUCACAAUGGGCAGAACUUCGGUGGUUGGAAUGAUCAAAAGGUGAAAGAACUAUUCGAAAAGUGGAUAGCAAUGCAUGACAAAUCCUACAAUGGUUUAAUGGAGAGGGAGAAGAGAUUCGGGAUAUUUAAAGACAACCUGCUUUACAUCGACCAACAUAAUGCUGGAAGCCACUCCUACAAGUUGGGGCUCAAUCGGUACUUUGAUCUCAAUCGGUUUUUUGAUCUCACAAACGAAGAGUAUCGCUCAACUCACUUACGCACCAUAAUGGACGAGAACAAGGAGCUGGUGCCUUCAUCAAGCCGACACUAUGAAGUCCAAGAAGGAGAACAACUUCCUAACUGGAUAGACUGGAGGGCCCUCGGUGGAGUUGUGCCAAUUAAAGACCAAAGGCAAUGUGGUUGGGCAUUCUCAGCAAUUGCAGCAAUCGAAAACAUAAACAUGAUCGUGAUUGAUGAACUUAUCUCAUUGUCAGAGCAAGAAUCGGAAGAUUGUGAUACCACCUACAGUCAGGGCUGCAAUGGCGGCUACAAGGAUUAUGACUUUCAAUUCAUUAUGAAUACUGAACACGAUUACCCUUACAUGGCUGUUGAUGGUGUCAGCAACGUUACAAAGAAAAACACUCAGGUCGUUACAAUUGACGGUUAUGAAUAUGCACCAUGAUAUGAUGAGAAAGUGAUAAAGAAGGUUGUUGCCCACUAGCCUUUGAGUGUUUCGAUUAAAGGAUCAGGCUGGGAUUUCUAUCUCUAUCAAUAUGGCAUUUUCACCAGAAAAUGUAGAACCGAUCUUGAUCAGGCAGUUGCAAUUGUUGGGUAUGGAAUCGAGAAUGAUAUGAAUUAUUGGAUUGUAAAAAACUCAUGGAGAGUUAAAUGGGGUGAGGGUGGAUGCAUAAGAAUAUCGCUAGAACUUUAG